AUGACCAACGACCUCAUUUCUACGCCCUGCAGCGUUCAGGCACCAAAGUACCAGUCAAUCGGCCUCAAUGAAAAACGCUGCAUAGUCCGCGAAUACCUCUCCCUCUACAACAACAUCAUCACAAUAGGAACCUACUCCGGCCCUUCUCAAAUAACCUCAGCCACAGCAAUCAAAGCCCUCAAGCGCUGCACAAUUCAACAUCCCGCCUUGAGCACUACAAUCCGCUACCAGCCGACCGAGAAAUUCGAACUCGUGCGUCCAGCAAAAGUCGAUAUUUCCCAACAUCUCCAGAUCGUAGACGACAUCGGCGAAGGAAAUGCCUUCCUGCAAAACAUCCUCGACCGUCUCCAUAACGACCCCAUUGUCGAGGAUGACUCCAUCCCGCAGUGGAAAGCUGUAGUAGUGAGGUUAGAAACAGGAUUCCAUCUGGCGUUUUCCUGUUCGCAUGGACUUGCGGAUGGGAGAUCAGGUCAAGCAUUCCAUGCCACUUUCUUGGAGACUUUGCAGAAUUUGUCCUCUUAUGAUCAAGAUAUUGAUGAGGAUACGAUUCUACCGACUACGAAACAAUGGAAUCCGGUGCCUCCGAUGGAGAAAGUCGGGAAUUUAACGAUUUCGUGGAAAUUUUUGCUUGGGCCGCUGGCGAAUGAGUAUUUUCCGAAGGCUGUGACGAGGUUUCUAGGAUUGGCGGAGGAGCAGGUGGAGGAUUUGUGGUUGGGGGCGAAGGAAAAGCCUGCGUUGCCGGAGGAAGGGGAGUUGCUGGCUACGGGUGUCAGAGUUGUUUCGGUUUCGGCGGAGGUACUGGAGCUCGUCCUUGCGAGGGCGAGGAUGCAUGACGCGAAAUUGACAGGUUUGGUGAGCUUUUUGAUUGCGAGAGCACUGGCUCGCUCCUUGCAGAGGAGGGAACAGAACUACUCGUCCUUCCUCGCCGCUCUGCCGAUUGAUAUGCGGCGAGCCCUCGGAAAAGGCCAAGGACAAAUUGCUAACUAUGUGUCGAACAUCGUGGAGACGGUGACGAUCCCAUCUGCGAGGAUAUCAGAUCAAGACCUGAGCGAUUUCGAGUGGCUUCAAGUUCGAAACACCACUGCGCGACUGCUUACCGCUUCCGGAACGCUUGCAGACCAGCCUGUCGGCUUGCUGAAGUACCUGAUGAACUUCCGAGAGUACACCCUCAAGAAAGCAAAAGCUCCCGCUACCGAAUCGUUCGAAGUCAGCAAUGCGGGUGUGUUCAACGGCAUUAGACCCGCCGAAAGCAUGUCAUCUCAAUGGCGGGUAGACCAGAUGCUCUUCUCACAGUCGGCGAAUGCUGGUGGCCCGCCGCUCAACUACAAUCUUGCCAGUGCGAAAGGCGGCGAUUUGACAAUCACUGCCACUUGGUGGAGGGAAAUGCUUGGAGUCAGAGACGAAGACGCAUUCGUGCAGGAAGUGUGCGAUGCCGUGGUUGCCGACAUGGACCAUCUGGGGUCUUGUUGA